UCAAUCCUUACCUUAUGUACAUGUACACAUCUCGCGUCUAAUAGUAGGGUAAUUUAACUUGUGCUUCGCUCUCUAUGUGUGUGUGUGUGUGCGUGACUCUUGGCUCGCAGCAGCGGCAGCAGCAGCAGCGGGCACUCGAGAAGUGUGUGUAUGUUUAUUAAUAAACCUCUCAGUUCCACGCAGUAUACCGCGCCCCAUGAAAUCUGCGUCUCUAGUCUCGAUGGUGAGAUGAUGUGCCUCGUCGCGUCAGGAAGAAGACCUUUUAAUAGUUUCUCGCGCGGCUCCACGAAGAUGAUGAUGUAAAAAACGAUACCCGACUAAACCACGACUCCGAUUGUCGUCGUCGUCGUCGUGUUAUUUACUUCUCGGUUGACUGGUCGCUGUUUCGGCCACAUCGUGUUCGGUGUCUUGAUGCGAGUGAAGUGAAGUUUGAAAAAAAUAGUAAUAAAAGAAUAACAACGUUUGUCGCCUUCGAACUCGCUGCACCAAAUUUCAACAAUGGCCAGAGCGAAAAAUAGAGCAAGUGUGGACGUUUGCGCGGAUUGCGGAUCUCCUGAACCUGUAUGGGCUUCAAUAAACAGGGCUAUUUUGCUCUGCGAUGAAUGUUGCAGUAUACACCGUAGUUUAGGCAGGCAUGUAUCCUAUAUCAAGUCAUUGACAAAAGGAAGCUGGAGCACAAAUAUGUUAAAUAUGGUUCGCACACUUAAUGAUAAUGGAGCCAACAGUAUUUGGGAGCAUUCCCUACUAGAUCCCAAUUCUAAAUUAAGCAGACGUAAACCUCAGCCAAAAGAUCCUCUACAUCCUGUUAAAGCAGAUUUUAUCAAAGCAAAACAUCAAGAUCUAAAGUUUAUUCUGAGGUCAUGUAAAGAAGAAUCUUGUAGCGAAGAAGAGCUCAACAGACAGCUACACAGUAGUGUACGCACUGCUAAUUUAGAAACUUCAUUGAGAUUGCUUGCACAAGGAGCCAAUCCUAAUUAUUUUUAUAGAGAAAAGGGAACAAUGCCAUUACAUGUAGCUGCUAGAGCAGGUCAAGCCCUUCAAUUGGAGUUACUUAUUGCAAACGGUGGAAAUCCAAGUACGGUUGAUUCUGCUGGACAUACUCCAGCUGAAGUAGCGAGAUUAGCGGGACACCUUGAGUUAUCAGAGAAACUUACUGAACAUAUGUAUGAAGUAACUGACAAAUUAACAUACUUUCUAUGUAAUAGAAAGCCUGAUCACAAAUCGGGUGAACAUUUGAUUGUACCUGGCUGGGCUUCAGGAGUUGAGAGAAACGAUUUGGGCUAUGAAGCACGAAAUAAAUUGCAAAUGUUGCCAAAUCAUUUAUUGGAAGAGUUAGUUUCAGAUGUUUAUGAUGAAGUAGAUAGAAGGGAAACUGAUGCUAUUUGGCUAACGUCAUCGAGUCUACCUGAACGCUGCAUUGUGCCAUUUUUACCAAUUCAUCCACAACUGUCAUCGACGCGCAAUCAAGGUCGACAAAAAUUAGCAAGAUUCACACCUAAAGAAUUCGCAACUUUAAUCAUCGAUAUUUUAAACGAAGUUGCACACAGGCAUUCUUUAUCGAAUGCCACGCCAUUGCAGGAUCCCAUUGUAACUUCAUUGAAAAAAGAUGGCUUUGAGAGACAAGCGUCACAAAUGUCGGAUGACGAACCGCUUUAUGAUAGCGUCGCCUCCGACGAUGAUUAUGCAGCUCUAACGACAGAUAUGACAAGGACAAUGAACGGAGAUCAGAAAUUUACUGCCCAAAACGGUCUCUCUCCAAACUCCAAAGGAUUAUCAUCCGUAGUACAAUCGUUAAAAAAACAACUCACACUAUCGGAAACAACUGCCAGGGAACUUAGAGAAGAAAUUAGACGACUACAGACUACCGUUGAACAAUUGACCGUGGAAAAUUGCGAUUUGAAAAAUGCCUUGCACAUGCAAAGCAAACUUCACAUCACACUACCUUCCGAGAGAGUGAAUGGUCAUCACGUGGGCGAGCACAACGACUCGGAGCUCGAGCCCGUCAUCGAUAAUAAAAUAAAUACGUCUCCGAAAGGUCAGCGACCCGCGUCGAUGUAUGAGACCCGAGAGGGCCUACGAAAACCACCUAUCUAUAGCAAUCAGCCCGCGUCUUUGACUUCGCAGACAAUAAGAGAGUCGGAUGGAUCGUCGAGUCCUUCGAUGAGACAAUCUCCGUGGGAGGCGCCAAAUUUACCGGCCAGCGAAGAAGUUACGCGACGAACCGAACACGUGACCAAGCGCAUACAAGAGCUGUGGAUGGCGAUGCAAGAUCCAGGUCGCCGCGAAGCCUUCGUGCCCUGCGCAGAAAGAAUUCGCGUUGCCGUCUCCGAGCUUGUUGCCAUAUUUCCUCAGAAUCCAGUGGACGAUAACAUUAGAUCUGCCCUUCGUCAACUGAAUGGCAAUACGGGACGGUUACAAGCCGAGUGCUCCGCACUGCAGAGGUGUACCAGUGACCCGGAUCACAUGGAUCGCUGCCUUCAACAAGUUCGCUCUAGUGCUUAUGACAUAGCCAAAGCUACGAAAUUACUGGUCACGCAGUUCCAGUUUUGAAGAAUCGUCUAUUCCGAUUAUACCUACAGCAUCACAUAUAACUAUAAAUCAUAAUUAUUUUUGCGUUACUUAUACACUUUUUUGAAUCGAUUGAUUGUUGGUUUGUUUUUUUGUAGUACAUUCGAGUCGGUAUUAUUUAUUAUACACUAUGAGACGUUUACACAUUUUUUAGACUUCGAUUAUUGGACUGUACCAUUUAAAUUUAGAAAUAAUUUUAUUGAGUAUCGUUUAAAUAAUAUCAGGCAGCAUGUUAGACAAUAAUCAAUUAAAGUAUUUUGUAUAUAAGCCUAUUCAUUGUUUGGACAGAUGCAUAUUUUAUUGUUUUCUUUUAACGAAUCAGCGUUAAGAUAUAGAUUUCGGAAUUCUUAUUCUGUACACUUCAGGAGUACCUUUUACAAGGUAUUCACAAUUUCUAAAGGUAUUAAGACUGAGCGAUCUAAAAUUGUUCAAUGUAAAUCAAUUUUUCGAGAUUAUUAUAAAAUUACGUAGUUGUAUGUCAUUUUGAUAAAAGAAAGAAUUUUGUUUUUGAGUGCGAUUAUAAAGUGAUGCGUGCAAUAUGA